ACUCACAAACAAGGCCAACGUUCAACGCAGCGCUGGGUAAAUGUAUCACCUCACAUCAGUGUAAACUUCAGGCGGGUCGACAUCUUGACAGGUCAAGAGCUUCCCAAGAGGAGGAUAUAUUAGAGGAAGGGAGUCAUCUUUAGAGGACCAAACACCUCCGGAACUGCAGCUGCUGGGAGCCGCAUCAACCAUGAGGAUCGUCAGCAUAGGCCCAGACCCAUCGUUGGCAUAUCGGCCAAAUUUGAUGCCUGAAGCAAAAGAGAAGGAAGACUACAGAAACUUUAAGACUGGAAGUCUGUUCGACCGUGUUUAUAACACGUACAAACUGAUGCACACGCACCAGACGCUGGAUUUUGUCAAACAAAAGCACUCUGAAUGGAGCAGCUGCAGCCGCACUCAGAUGACCAUGAUGGACGCCAUCAUGUCUCUGGACCAGCUUGUUGAUGAGUCAGAUCCAGACGUGGACUUCCCAAACUCUUUUCACGCCUUUCAGACGGCUGAAGGCAUCCGGCAGGCCCACCCGGACAAAGACUGGUUCCAGCUGGUGGGUCUGAUCCAUGAUGUUGGGAAGAUCUUAGCUCUGUGGGAUGAGCCACAGUGGGCUGUAGUGGGCGACACCUUCCCUGUGGGCUGCGAGUUUCAAAACUCAAUCGUGUUCAGAUCCAACUCUUUCCAGGAUAAUCCAGAUGACAAAAACCCUGCAUACAGGACUAAAUAUGGAAUCUACGAACCAAACUGUGGACUUGACAACAUCUACAUGUCCUGGGGCCACGAUGAAUAUCUUUACAGAGUUCUAAAGAAAAAUGAGUGUUCUGUCCCAGAAGAGGGGCUGUACAUGAUCCGCUACCAUUCUUUCUACCCCUGGCAUUCGCAUGGAGACUACAUGCAUCUGUGCAAUGAGAAGGACCUGGAGAUGAUGCCGUGGGUCCAAGAGUUCAAUAAAUUUGACUUGUACACAAAAACCACUGAGCUGCCGGACGUGGAUAACCUGAAGCCAUACUACCAGUCGCUGAUCGACAAGUACUGUCCUGGAAUACUGCAGUGGUGAAGCAGCAGGAGGAGGAGACGCUGCCAACAGAAAUCAUCAGAUUCUGCAAUAAGAUUUAAUGUAUUAGUUAAAAAA